UUGCAGCCUCAGACUCGGAGAUGCUAAGUACCGAUGCUCCCUAAUAAUUCUGAAACACAGCCAGACUCCCAGUCAGCUUUUAUUUAGCCUUAAUCUCUCCUAGCCCCUGAAAGGUAAUCAACACACUGGUAAUCCAUACGCGACGUUAGUGAGAACAACACAAUUUAGGGCAACAAACUGCAGACCGUUGUGACAAGAUGGUUUGUUUAGAAUCGCAUCCAGCGGGGGACAUGGCCAGGAAGCGGGUCGCCGUGAUCGGAGCUGGGAUCAGUGGACUGGCUGCCAUCAAGUGCUGCCUGGAUGAGGGUCUGGAGCCCACCUGCUUUGAAAGGAAUGACGACAUCGGAGGCCUGUGGAAAUUUCAAAAAAACCCUUCAGAGAAAAUGCCGAGUAUCUACAAAUCCGUGACCAUCAACACGUCCAAGGAGAUGAUGUGCUUCAGUGACUUCCCCAUACCGGACCAUUUCCCCAACUACAUGCACAACUCCAAACUCAUGGAGUACUUCAGGAUGUACGCCAGCCACUUUGGCCUCCUGAAAUACAUUCGCUUCAAGACCAGAGUGCAGAGCGUGCGCAAGUGCCCGGACUUCCCCGUCAGCGGACAGUGGGACGUGGUGGUGGAGGCCGAGGGCCAGCGGGAGUCGCUGCUCUUCCAUGGGGUCCUGGUCUGCAGUGGGCACCACACGGACCCCCACCUGCCACUGCAGGCCUUCCCAGGCAUUGAGAAGUUUAAAGGACGCUAUUUCCACAGUCGGGAAUACAAAAGUCCCGAGGACUUCUCAGGAAAGAGGAUCGUUGUGGUUGGCAUGGGGAAUUCUGCUGUGGAUAUCGCCGUGGAGCUCAGUCGAGUAGCUGAACAGGUAUUCCUCAGCACUAGACGGGGAUCAUGGAUCUUGCACCGUGUUUGGGAUAAUGGAUACCCUAUGGACAGCUCAUUUAUCACUCGAUUCAAUAGUUUUAUCCAGAAGAUAUUUACUACAGCAUUAGUAAAUAACUACCUGGAGAAGACACUGAACUCAAGAUUCAAUCAUGCUCACUAUGGCCUGCAGCCACAACACAGACCUCUGAGCCAGCACCCAACCGUCAGCGAUGACCUGCCGAACCACAUCAUUUCUGGCAGGGUCCAGGUGAAGCCCAACGUGAGGGAAUUCACGGAGACGGACACCAUCUUUGAUGAUGGCACCGUGGAGGGCAACAUUGACGCUGUCGUCUUCGCUACAGGAUACAGCUUUUCUUUCCCUUUCCUGGAUGGGCUGAUCGAAGUCGCUGAUAAUGAGGUGUCUCUGUAUAAGCUGAUGUUCCCUCCCAACCUGGAGAAGCCCACACUGGCCGUCAUUGGCCUCGUCCAGCCCCUGGGCAUCGUGCUGCCCAUAGCAGAGCUCCAGUCUCGCUGGGCUGCCCGGGUGUUCAAAGGGCUGAGCAGACUACCCUCUGCCAAGAAGAUGAUGGCAGACAUUGCCCAGAGGAAGAGGGCAAUGGAGAAAAGGUAUGUGAAGACGGCCCGCCACACCAUCCAGGUGGACCACGUGGAGUACAUGGAUGAGAUCGCCUCCCUGGCCGGGGUCAAGCCCAGCCUGCUGCUCCUCCUUCUCUCAGAUCCAAAGCUGGCCAUGGAGGUUUUCUUCGGCCCUUGUACUCCAUACCAGUUCCGCCUCCAGGGGCCAGGGAAAUGGGAUGGGGCCCGGAGAGCCAUCCUGACCCAGAGAGAGCGCAUCAUCAAGCCCCUGAGGACUCGAGUCACCAGCAAGAACAGCCUCUCGUCCUCCUCGGGGCUCUCCUUGGUAAGAGUGGCAUCGUUAGGCCUGGCGUUGCUGGCUGCUGGCUUGACGUACAUAUUCAGCACGCAGAGUGCGGAAUGAACACUGAGCAGGGAAGUACGUAUUUCUGCUCAUCUGGGAUCAUUACAAAGCUUCCAUUACUCAGUGACAUGUGAAAAUAUUAUUUGGGAUACCAUACUGCUAUGGAAAAUGUUUAGAUAUGCUCUGCAAGUAGGCACAUUCCCUUAGGGAACACAACCUGAGAUGGGUAUCACUGCUCCUACAAGAUAUUAUCAAUGCACAAGAAAAUCCUAUCAUUUAAAUGAAAACUGUUUAAACCUUAGGAAUAUUUUUCAACAUAAAGUUCACCCAAAUGGUUUGACAAUGCUAGAUUAUCCUCAUAGGAAUUUAUAAAUAAAAAUUUGCUUUCCACUGAUUAUAUUUUCUACAUUA